AUGCGCAUUAGGCCUAACAUCGCCAAGUCUAACCAUACAACUGCCUUCAGGUACAGAAAGAGAGUAGGCUACGAACAAUGGGAAGCCAAGCGUCCCAUCAUCGCAGAUCUUAAUGUGAGACAUCAGGUGACGCGUAAGGAAAUAAUGAAACGGCUAGAAAGCAUCUAUAGCUUCAUAACAUCAAUCGGUGAAAGUCAGUUCAAGGCUCGUAUCAGGAAGUGGAACCUAGCGCGGAAAAAUAUGUCUCGGCGUCGACCGGCAGGGGACAAAGAAUCGUCGUUGAGUCUUCAUCCAAGGAUCAUCUCAAUCGACAUGAGAAGAUGA